CGACUGAUCGUGACUCAUGGACUCUCCGCUCGCAGCAGGGCGACAAUUCACCUUCUUCUUUCGCCACCUUCAUCGCUAGGUACUCGCGAUUGCCCCAUUGCCAGAAGUGCAAGAUCUACGCGAGGAUCGAUAGCCUUCCGGGAGCAUUUUGCCCCCGACAAAGAUUUCAGCUCGAGGCGGAAGGCCACAUCGAGCAUGCGCACAGACUAGCCGAUCGGAAGCCAUCGUCACUACCAACGCACAGAGGCCAGACAGAUCAUCAAUCAUGCUGUACACUUUCAUCUACUCCCUUGUACUAGUGACGCUGAUAGUGGUGGCGUACAUCAAACGAGCCUCGCUCCUGAUCCAUCUUCCCGAAGACUGGGUGGACAGACUUCCCUCUUUGCUCCAAGCACCUCGUCCCUCUCCCAUAUCUGGCGGCUAUUCGAGAUUAUCGGAUUGGAGCGCUCAAGUCAGGAGCGGUCUGAGCAGCAACAGGUUCGACUUGGAACAGAAUGUCAGGGAUCAAGAUUCUAGGAGCGGGCUGGACGAGGUGGACGCGGCAGAGGUCAGAGCAGUCAUGGCUACGCGUGGAUUGACAUUCGACCGAGCUCGACUCUACUUGCACGAAGAACGUAUGAGGGCAAACGGCAUCGAUCCCAAAACGGGUCUCAGCUUGGACGCCAAGAGCGUCACCUUUUCCAACUUGAGGUAGCCAGCCCUUUGGAAGACUACGCG